ACAAACACACACACACUCACAAACGCACGUACACAGACACACACACACACACGUUCCAGCAAAAGUAUUUUCUCUGGAAGGUUAAAGUGUCACUACUCGUCUCCCAAAACGGAGAAGUCUUCCUGUGCAGUGUGUGUUUGUGUGAGUUCAUAAAUAGGGCAGUCAAGAAGUGAGAUACAGAAACACAGCAUCUCCUAUCAUCACACUCAAGAGCCUCAGACAACCCAGCUUCAACAUGAGGGUGAUUAACCUGGGUCCCGACCCCUCACUAGCAUACCGUCCUGAGUACCCGCUACAAGAAGGCAAAGACAAAUCUCAAUUUAGAAACUUUGAGAGUGGAGAUCUUUUUGAGCGUGUGUUCAACACAUACAAACUGAUGCACAAACAUCAGACCCUGGACUUUGUCAAACAAAAGCAUGUAGAAUGGGCGGGCUGUACUCAUUCUCGUAUGACUGUGAUGGAGAGUAUUGACCGUCUGGACCAGCUGAUCGAUGAGUCCGACCCUGAUGUCGACUUCCCAAACUCUUUCCACGCCUUCCAAACUGCUGAGGGCAUCCGCAGGGAGCACCCAGAUAAGGACUGGUUCCAGCUGGUAGGCUUGAUCCAUGACAUUGGUAAAAUCAUGGCCCUCUGGGGAGAGCCACAGUGGGCAGUGGUUGGAGAUACAUAUCCUGUAGGUUGCCGCUUCCAGAACGCGAUCGUUUUCAGAGACUCUACAUUUGUGGACAAUCCAGAUGACAAGAACAGCAGCCUGAACACCGAGUGCGGAAUCUACGAAACUCACUGUGGUCUUGAUAAUGUGCUGAUGUCCUGGGGACAUGAUGAGUAUCUGUACCAAGUGAUGAAAUUUAACAAGUGUCCCAUCCCUGAGGAGGGUCUGUAUAUGAUCCGGUUCCACUCGUUCUACCCCUGGCAUACUCACGGAAACUACAUGCAUCUGUGCAAUGAGAAAGAUCUGAAGAUGUUGCCCUGGGUCAAAGAGUUCAACAAGUUUGAUUUAUACACUAAAAGCACGGAUCUGCCGGACGUGGAGCAGCUGAAGCCGUAUUAUCAGUCUCUCAUUGACAAGUACUGCCCGGGAGUACUGUCCUGGUGAACACGCCACACUGCCUGACCAGCAGUAUCUGUGUGCACAUGCAAAACGUCUUCCGCACAUAAAUUAACCAAUGCUAAUUUGAGCUCUCACAGAAUGGUGCUUGCUUAAGGAAGACAUCUCAGAAUGAUGGCAAGGUUGAAUAAGCUUUAAACAAAAUGAAAGCCUUUGCUAAUCUGAACUGAUACGAUAGUAAGACUAUUGUAUUCCUCUGUCCUUCUUUUUGAAAGUUUUGGUUAAGUAGCUCAUUUUCUUUAUAUUUGAUCCAGCUACCACAAUGAAUAGUGCCUUGUCAACCGGUUUAUAACCUCUAUACUGUACGCUGAUGUGUAAGGGACGUGUGAGCACAUUCAUCAUCCUUCAUCAGUAUAUGCUGAUGUGUAAUUAGGUCUAGUGAAUGAACUGCACUUUGGGUCUAAAGCUCACCUCCUCAAAACCUACAUCAUCCUUCCUCUACGACACCUGCUGCUUUGCUGCCUAUUAUCAUCAUCAUCAUCAUCAUCUGAAAGGCACAGGGGACACUUACAGUGGAUGAACAUAAUUAAUGUACUACAGAUUUGAAUGUCUACAUUACACACCUUUCUCCCUUCUGCUCUUCUCCUUUUCUCUUCAUUUCCUGUUUCUAUUUUCUCCUGAACUCCUUUCCUUUCUUAAUUUCACAUGUUCCCUCUCAUUUACUUUCCUCUUGAAACUGAAAGGUACAAAUCAUGCUUUAAGUACAGAAAAAAAGAGAGAACACUUUUAAGAGUCAUUUGCAUCAGAUUCAGUCAGAGGAACAUUUAACUGUAAAAUGUCAGACUGCAGUGAAAGAUUUGAACUGUGCAAUUAGUUCCUUUUUGGACCAAAAAAGAUGGAUGUUUUAUUAUAAAUGAUAUAAAAUGUG